AUGGGAUGCAAAGCAUGCAAAUGUGCAAAGGCUGUGACUGAGCGAGAUGUCGAGUUAGACCCUUUGCUUGAUAAGGCAGAGCCUGAAGGGACUGCAGAAGCCACAGAGGCACCAGCAGAGGACUUGUGGCACUUUCCGCCUGUGGCAGAGGAUUCACUGGCUGUGCAAUUGAGCGGGGGGUGCUUGGACGUCUUCGUGCUCUUCGUGGCAUUGUUGGGGGGACGAUACAUCACAGUCAUUGCACUACAGGAAGUGAACGUGAAUGAGUUUGCCCGUGUUUUGGUAAGCCUUCAGCGCUUAAACUGGGUGGCUUUGAUGGGAUCACUGUGCCUGCUCUUUCUUUUCGUAUUGUUCCUGGGCGCUGUUCGUCCGAUGCGAGGAGGCAAGGGCUACGAUUUCAACAUGCACCGCCAGGAACCCCUGGCCCAAGCGCUUCAUAUCUCUCUUACGAAGAUAAGAAAGCUUUUCAUUCCUGUCUUUGGGGCAGGGUACACAUGCUUCAGACUUAUUGCUGAUAUAAUGGCCUUGAAGGACCUCUAUGAGAACUGUGAUUUUGGGGCCUUUGGAGUAAAGUGUUCGAUGAUUCUGCUGGGAGCCUGCUGCGGUGCCGUGUGGGCAUAUCGAUCAACACCCGAUGCCUUGAUGUACAUGCCACCGUUGGGCAUCCGCUCCAAGCAAGUAUCUUGGCUACCUGUUUGUACAGCCUUCCUGGCAUUUUCUCAACUUCUGCCAGCUUGCCUUCUACCCCUCUGCUUGAUCUUGUUCAUGACUUCAUGCACAGCUCCUGAGUUGGAACGUGCUUUGGAAGUGCUCCAUCUGUGCAAAGUGCUCGAUGCCUGUUUGCAAGCCUCGCUGUUGACAGAGACGGUGCCGAGUUUCUUUCUCAAUAUUUUCCUGCUGGCCGGGUCCGGACUUUCUUCCACCAGUUGGCACGUGUUGGCUCUCUCCACCCUGAUGGCGGGCUGUUCCUUGACCAGAACUUUCGCAUUGAUCGAUGGCCGGGGCGAAGUGUCAUAUUUCGUGAAUGGCUUGCCUACUGUUGUAGGCACUGCGCCGCUAGCAUCUGGAUUGUUUGUGUUCAUCUUGCUUUACCGAGCAUCUACAUUGCUUGCCAACAGCUUCCUGCCUUUAGCGUUGCAAACGACGAUGGAUUGGACUGGUCUUCCGGUAGCGCUGAUGUUGUUGGGGCUUGACCUCCUACUGCAACUACUGCAGGUCUGGUGUGUGACGAAGAAUUGGAAGAAGCUGCCUUUCGCGAUUUGGGCUCUACUGACCCCCCCUGAGCCAUUGCUCCACUCCAGCCGGCCGCUGUUCACCUGCAAACUUCAGAUAUGGGUCACCCUGAAGGCAGUGCUUUAUGCGGCAUUCUUCGGGCUUUUGCUAGCGAUCGAGAAGUUCUACGAUUUCCAGCCGAAUUACUCAGAUCCCAUUGUCCGAGUGCUUUUCGUGGCCAUUUGCGCGCAGUGGCCGCUCUUCCUUUCGUUGCGCCAGGCGUCAUAUCCCCGCAGCAACUUCAAUUGCAAACUGCCGGAGGACUUCACCACUGAAGAGGUGCCCAUUCACCUGCUAAAGAUAUGGUGGGACGCCCAUCCUCACAGAGACCUCUCCAGCUCUUCUGUGGGGGAUGUGGGAGCAGAAAUCGUGGCGCAGAUGCUGGUAUCUGAUAAGGUCGUUACUGCGCUGAAGCUGACAGAUGACAAGAUCGGGCCGACAGGAGCUUGGGCUUUGUGUUCCGCCUUGUCCAAAAAUGACACCUUAACAAGCCUCUUUUUGGACGGCAAUCCCAUCGGUGCCGCUAGAUUCGCUAGAUUGCAGCUCCUGUCGACCUCCAAGCUGGAAGUGCUGAGCCUCUCUCGAAUCCGGCUGGGCAACAGCCUGGAGCCCUUGGCAGAACUGCUUCAAAGGACACAGACUUUGAAGAAGCUUUAUCUCAACGAAACUGACAUGGGACCGCUUGGGGUUGGUGUCUUGUCCGAUGGGCUUCGUGAGAAUCGCAGUUUGGAAGUGCUCACUUUGAACAAGAAUGACAUGGGAGGGGGCAUGUCCAAACUCAUCGGUGCACUGCGCUCCUGCUGGCUCUCCACUAUUUACCUGGCCGAAAAUGACUUGACGGAUGCGCAGCUCAAGGAACUACUCGGAGCUUUGCCUCAAAUGGACACGCUGAAGAAGCUGAACUUGGCCAGAAAUCAUUUCUCCUUGCAGCUUUUCGUGGAGGUCAUGGAACAACAGCCGGAGGUCGUGAUCAGAAUUCGGUCACUGUCGGAGCUCCGUGUGAGUGCGGCCUAUGAGGCAGACGAAAAGAUGGUUCUCCGCAUGAAGGAAGCUGGCGUCAAAGUGGAAGUUGAGUGA